ACAAAUUAUUAUCGCAUCACAUAUUUAGCUAUUCAUACUUUACCUCAUUUUACAAUCUCUUUAUAAACUCUGUGGAUCUUUAUCAUAAACUAUGCCAUGCCAACUCUGAGUCUGGAUCUAGUCUACCUAUUUACACAUCCCUUGAUAAAGAAUCCUCAAAAUGAAUUCCGUUUAAGAGUACUUGAGUGGUUAAUAAAGUCCUUAUCUUCAAAUGAUGCUGGAAAAUAUCUAGAAAUAUCCCUGUUUAGACUUAGAUUCCUAGAUCUACCUCGGCUGGGCCAAAUUUUUAAAAUAAUAGAAGAUGUAUGUCAUUUGGUCAAUCUAGAACUUAAAGAUAUCAAGAUAAACCUUGAAGAUGAGGAUUUAUUCAAGAAAAAGGGUUUGUCAGACUUGAAGGAUGAGAAUAACGAAGUAUCGUAUAUUCAUAAUCCAACAUCUGAGUUUGAAAUUGAGAUGUUAGGUAUAAUCCUUCCUUUACUCACUCACAAGUAUCUCUACUCGAUCUACGGUAUAGACACAAGCACCAAUAUCCUUAUUCAUGGAACCAACUCUGGAAAUCAAUUCAUAAGGUGGUUUAAAAGCGUACAGGAAUGUGUAAAUAGAGCUGAAAAUGGUAUUCAACCAAGAAGAACCUUACAACUAUCGGUCAUUCGCAUGGCAGAUUUGCUCCUUCCAUAUUUCGGUGAAAGCGAGCAAAUGCUUAGGUAUCUAUUUGAGUCAUCCAUAGAAAAUGCUACUGAUGGAGUAUUAUGCAUAUGCUUAGAUGGAUUGCACUAUUUUUCGACUACAAAAGAUACUCUUGAACCACUUGAAAGAAGGUUGUUAGCUACACUAUUACUUCUACUAGAUGGAAUCAACAAAAAGAAUUCUAGGUGCGAAGAUGUUUCAAUCAUUGUAGUUGCUACCAGCGAUCAUUCUCCGGAAAUUCUUGACGGCGCUUUAUUGCGUCCAGGGAGGCUAUACAAAACGAUUCAUGUUGAUUAGUUUUCGAUUAUUGUAU